AUGACGACGACGUAUGCCUACGCAGAGUUCAUGAUCUCAACGGAGUUCAUCAUUCUACCUCGAAUGAACGAGACGGAUGAGUACGUGAUAGUGGAAAUCCAUACUUUGGCCGGAGUACUUGUAUCAGUGAUGUCUUUGAUCGGCAUAGCGGCGAAUGCGUACGUCUUCAUCAGCGUGGUGCGACCGAGGAAAUCCCGUAGUUCCUUCCUGACGAUCUGUGCUUCGAAAGCACUUUUCAAUUUGAUCACAUGCUUGGUUUUUCUCGUCUGGUGUGCUCCAACGGCAUUCCUACAUGCGCACUAUUUGCCGUCCACUGCAGGAAUGAUUCUUGGGAAUUUCGUUGGCGGUACGCUUUACCUUGGAGGCGUCCUCACUCAGGUACUGGCUUCAGUCAAUCGCCUCAUCGCGUCAUUCUCUAUUCAUCUCUAUAAUAAAUUCUGCACGCUUCGGAACACCACGAUACUUAUCGCUGUCUGUUGGAUCGGCACAUUCACCUUGGCCGUUGCUUACUCUCUAAAUGAAAUCGGCUACGUUUUUGAUGAAGUGUACUUGGUGUGGGCUGGGGAUGGCCAGCCACAAUCCGCUGAUGCUUUCGCGUAUGUCGGAAUCAUGGUCUAUGCAUCCACAGCAGCAAUGUUCACCAUGAACGUCAUCACUUUCGGAAAGUUGUUACUCGUUACUGUGAGUUUAGAUAUACAGCAUAUGCUUUGCUAUGAGGUCGAACACCGUUCUCUCGAACACGGAAAGCACAAACGAAUGAAACGGAAUAAGGUCCUAUUGGCUCAGAAAGUGUCCCAAGACAGUCUUUACUUGGUUGACAUGCUUUUUGCCCAAGUGCUGUCCGGACUGCUACCGUACAAUUGGUGGUUGUUUCUGUGCCUCACUUUCGUUUGGCUCUCACUCAACACUAUCGAC